CCCGCCCCCGCCCCGCUGGCGGGGUCCGACCCGGAAGCAGUCGUGGAGCGCUGACGGUGCCAGGGCCCGCGUCCCGCCAUGGCUCCCAAGGGCGGCCCCGGCGGGCGACAGCAGUCGGAGGAGGACCUGCUCCUGCAGGACUUCAGCCGCAACCUCUCCGCCAAGUCCUCCGCGCUCUUCUUCGGAAACGCCUUCAUUGUCUCCGCCAUCCCCAUCUGGCUUUACUGGAGGAUAUGGCAUAUGGAUCUUGUUCAGUCUGCAGUCCUGUAUAGUGUAAUGACCCUCAUCAGUACCUAUCUAGUAGCUUUUGCAUAUAAGAAUGUCAAGUUUGUUCUCAAACACAAAGUAGCACAGAAAAGAGAAGAUGCUGUUUCCAAAGAAGUUACUCGUAAGCUGUCUGAGGCAGACAAUAGGAAGAUGUCUCGUAAGGAGAAGGAUGAAAGAAUUCUGUGGAAGAAAAAUGAAGUGGCAGACUAUGAAGCAACGACUUUCUCCAUCUUCUACAACAACACUCUCUUUCUGGUCUUGGUCAUCAUUGCUUCAUUUUUUGUGCUGAAGAACUUCAACCCCACUGUCAACUAUAUUCUUUCUAUAAGUGCUUCAUCUGGACUGAUUGCCCUGCUCUCCACAGGAUCCAAGUAGACAAAAAACCCACACCAAUUUAUUUCUGUGAGAGGGUUCAACUGCCAUACAAAAGUUUAAGGGUGGAAUGGGAAUCCUUUUUUUUUUUUUAUAGUCUGACUGCUUGAGGGAAUGUGGAGGGAGGGUCUGAAUCCAAAAUGAGUGAAUUAUAUUUACUUUUGAUAUCUUUACAUGGUAUUAUUCAAUAACUGAAUUAAUUUUUUUUUUUACUUAGCAAUGAAAGGAAAUUGUAUGCGAGAAGUUACCAAACAAGCUUUCUGAAGCACUGCAUAGGUGUGACGGUACUACAGACUAUUAGCCAAGCACACCGCAGUGGGCUGCUACACUGCAGCACAAAUGGUCGUACUUAAAACCUGUAAUGGCAUUCCCCUGUAAGUUUGGUGACUGGGUUAAGAGAUGAACUCCCUGAUCAUAAAAAGUGACAAUCCGCCAUUUAUCAUUGUAACUUGAAAAGUUGUAAUAAAAAGGAGGCUUUUUUGUCAUUUAA